AUGCCCAGACGCUAUAAGCCGUGCCGGCGCUGUCAGCAACUCUCCAGAAUCCACAUCACCAAAAACCCUUCCGAAGUGAAGAUACAGCGAACGGAUGUCAUUGUGACCAUCUGUGGAUUCCGAUCUUUACAACACCUACUUCCCGCUGGACCACAGUCUUCGGAAGCAUUGUGCACUCUGCUGUAUUGUGACACUAGCUCAUCCUUCCCUACAGUAAUUGAGUCAGUGAACGGGGGUCAUUGUGAUCAUUUGUGGGUCCUGAAUCAUCACUCUCCAGACCUCUGCUGCAUCACAAGUCUUCGAACGCAUUGUACACUCUGCUGUAUUGUGGUGAUAGCACUCGCAUCCUCACCCCAAAGAUAAUUGGCUCGGCGAACAGGGAUCAUCGUGAUCACCUGUGAGUCCCGAAUCGUUAUCAUCCUCACCUUCAACUGGACCACGGUCUUCGGACGCAUAGUGCACUCUGCUGUAUUGUGGUUCCAGCUACCUCUUUCCAAUCCAAAAGGCUAGCAGAGAGAGUACACAAACAAAAACACUUCUGGUCGCCUAUGGUACUACUGGCAAGCUAGAGACAAUUAUAAAGUGUGUGUAUGUGUGAGAGAGAGAGAGAGCAAAAUAGAAUAAUAACGAUACCUAGUCUGUAACUUAUAGGACAAUAUAUCAUUAUUCUUUUUAUCUUAAAAA